CGCCUCUCGCUCCCCGCUCAGUCCUCCUCCCCCGGCGGCCAUGGCCCUUCCCGGCAUUCCCUAUGAGCAGCGGCUUCUCAUCAUGGCGGACCCGCGGGAGAAGGCGCUGCAGGACUACAGGAAGAAGCUGCUGGAGCACAAGGAGAUAGACGGGCGGCUGAAGGAGUUGAGAGAGCAACUGAAGGAACUCACCAAACAGUAUGAGAAAUCGGAAAAUGACCUGAAGGCUCUGCAGAGCGUGGGGCAGAUUGUCGGGGAAGUUCUUAAACAGCUAACAGAAGAAAAAUUCAUUGUGAAAGCGACAAACGGGCCGAGAUAUGUUGUUGGGUGCCGUCGGCAGCUCGAUAAAAGUAAGCUGAAGCCGGGGACCAGAGUGGCUUUAGACAUGACUACGCUCACUAUCAUGCGCUACUUGCCACGAGAAGUGGAUCCGCUUGUGUAUAACAUGUCCCAUGAGGACCCCGGGGAUGUGUCCUAUUCUGAAAUUGGAGGCCUGUCUGAACAGAUCAGAGAGCUCAGAGAGGUCAUUGAGCUUCCUCUCACAAAUCCAGAGCUUUUCCAGCGUGUAGGAAUUAUACCUCCAAAGGGUUGUUUACUGUAUGGCCCGCCAGGUACAGGGAAGACUCUUCUAGCAAGAGCAGUUGCCAGCCAGUUGGAUUGCAAUUUCUUAAAGGUUGUAUCUAGUUCAAUUGUAGACAAAUACAUUGGUGAAAGUGCCAGACUCAUUAGAGAGAUGUUCAACUACGCCAGGGACCAUCAGCCGUGUAUUAUCUUUAUGGAUGAAAUUGAUGCCAUAGGUGGUCGGCGGUUUUCCGAGGGCACUUCAGCAGAUCGAGAAAUCCAGCGAACUCUGAUGGAGUUAUUGAACCAGAUGGAUGGGUUCGAUACUCUGCACAGAGUGAAGAUGAUCAUGGCGACGAACAGACCUGACACUUUAGACCCGGCCCUUCUACGCCCUGGAAGACUUGACCGGAAAAUUCAUAUUGAAUUGCCCAAUGAGCAGGCCAGAUUAGACAUUUUGAAGAUCCACGCUGGCCCUAUUACUAAACAUGGGGAAAUAGAUUAUGAAGCCAUUGUGAAGCUUUCUGAUGGGUUCAACGGAGCAGAUCUGAGAAAUGUCUGCACUGAAGCUGGCAUGUUUGCUAUCCGAGCAGACCAUGACUUCGUUGUCCAGGAAGACUUCAUGAAAGCGGUCAGAAAAGUUGCAGAUUCGAAGAAACUGGAGUCUAAGCUAGAUUAUAAACCUGUCUAAUACAGACAAAGACUGCAUGGGUGAUAUGUGACUUCCGUAAGAGGUUCCUCCGUUCCUCUGAGGCAGGGGCGGGCAAUAAGCAGUCCUUUAGCUGUUGUAGGACUACACGUCACAGCAUGCCCUGCCAUAGUUUUGCUAUUUUUCCAUGCUAAAACCAUUGCAGGGCAUGCUGGGGUGUGUAGUUCUACAGCAGCUGGAGAGCCGCUUAUGGCCCACCCCUGCUCUAGGGUCUGGUUCUUAUAAGUAUAUUUAACAUCGUCCGGAUUAUUAGUUUGACAAAUUCUGGAAAGUGUCUGCUACAGAAUGGGUUCUGUAAUAAAACAAGGACGUAUAUUUUGCAGUUUAGAAGAUGUUUGCAUUGUACAAAUACUCACUAUCUGGACAUGUUAGUGAUGCUGGGAAGUAUUGAUAUGACAGCAGACUACAAGGUUUCUGUGUUUCGUAAGAUGUAUUUUAUAUCAAUUGACUUUUGUCCUUUUUCUUUCCAAGGUAAAUAAACCAUGUUUAAAUCGG